AUGGCCCUCAUGACCAAGUCCCCAUAUCAUGCUAUGAUUCUUAUUUUGAGCUCUUCAAAGGGGGUAGCAAGAGUUAGUUCCCUUUCGUGUGCACAACUCCCAGGAAUUAGUAGCCAACUCCUCGAGGGAUCGGGAUCAAGGUAUAUAUACAAAGCUCUGAUGGUAGCCACUCGAGGUUUAAUUCAAAAAAAUUUCUGGCAACAUGAAAGACUUGGAUUUAUCGGAGAGACGUAUAACCCUUCUGCAGAUUAUGCUCCCAAAUUGGUGCCGUGUCCAAAAGAUUUCAAAGCUCGUACAGCCAGUUCACGAGACUCGAAAACCCAGGAGCUGGCACCGGAGGAAGUAAACUACAUUGAUGCGCGUCGGUCACAAGUCUUACCGGAGGCUUACAAUUCCUACAUCACCAACGUAGAGAGAUACGUAUCAGGGCUCAGAGAGCCGGGUACAGUACUUCCCUCAUACGUCUCGAGAAUUCUCUCAUCAAAGAAUCAGACAGCUCUUCCCAGAAUGUCGUUUGCAAUAGCUGGAGGUGCCUACCGCGGUGAUCAGAGGAAAACUAACAGAUGUGAAUUCGCCGCAGGAGCCAUUUUUGCGGCAGCAGUCAUGAAUGUCUUUGACGGAAAGAACGUGACUUCCGCCAGUUCAGGGUUGGGCGGAGUUCUGAACGCCGCGGACUAUAUUACCGGUCUCAGUGGCAGCGCUUGGUUGCUGAUCUCCUGGAUGCAAUCCGAACUCUCACCCCUUUUUGACCUUGUUCUGGGAGCUAAGCGCAUGGGGAGAGAAAAUCCAGAGUUAUCAGGUUGGCUCACUCAAUACGGAUUGUUGAAUCCAACAGACGCAUUGGAGAGUAACACAUUUGCAGAGAGAAUGCAUAAUCGUUGGCUACAGACCGUUUAUUGGACUAGACUCAUUCUUCAAGUCAAUAGCAAGAGAUUUGCUGGAUUCCCCAUCGGAAUUGUCGACUUGUGGGGAAGAAUCUUAAGUUACCAUUUUUUGAGUGGUUCUAAUCCCGACAACUUUUUCAAUGGAACGGCACCUCAUGGUAUCAAUCAAACAUUUUCAGGCUUUGUCAAUUUUUCAGCUGAUGCAUUCUGGGAUCAAUAUGCCACUAGGACAUGCUUCAAGAAUCAUACCCUACCUUUUCCUGUUCUAACAACCCUUCCUCAGUUGCAAGAUAGUCGGUACGCCAAUUUCCCAGCGGUGCCUUACAAUUACACUAGAUAUGAGAUUUCGCCCUACGAGUUCGGGAGCUAUGAUCCGUUUCUAUCAAGUUUUAUACCCACUAAAAACUUGGGUACCAAACUUUCAGCUGGACUCCCUGAGGACAAAAGCAAAUGCUGCGCGGGUUUUGACAAUGCAGGGUUCAUUAUGGGGAUGUCAUCAAAUAUCUUCACCGCCUAUAAAUACCUCCUCGACUUCUACUUCAACUUGAGACGCAAUUUACCUAUCGGUACGCCUGAAAUUCUCACCGCACUUGUCCCUAAUCCAUUCCGAGGACUCGGUACAAAAGAAUAUUUUGAGAAGGACGAGGCAGAAUUGCACUUGAUUGAUGGGGGACUUGGACUAGGUUUGUGCCCCAAAUUUACCUUCAUCAUGAUCUGCCUACUUGUUUCGCAUGGAAGCUUACGGAGAGCUCAACGACCUAUACCAGAGGUGACACCGUAUCAUCCCUUGUUAGUAAGGGCUAGGAAAGUAGAAGUGAUCAUUGCAGUGGAUGGUGUAAGUAAACUGGACUUCAUGAGAAUCGCAGAGGUUUCAAGUCAAGAUAGCAAAACCAACCGUUUGAUUUUGUCAUACCAGACAGCGGACUUUAACAACUUUGCCAAUGGGAGCUCAGUGAUUCAUUCAGCUCGUAGAGCAGCGCUAUAUCCCAGUGUAUACAAAUUCCCAAAAGUUCCUAUGAACGUCACGAAGUUCACCACACAGGGCCUCGUCGAGCGACCGACAUUCUUUGGAUGCGAAGAAUUCGAUGCUCCUCUGCUGAUUUGGAUUGCCAACUCAGCCCCCAUUGAUGGGUCUACACCAAUCUCCAACAGAACCACCUUACAACUUACAUUUCCGCUUAACCAGACUCAGGCCAUGAUGAAGGAGUCGACUGAUGUGGGAACAAGAGGAUUUCCUUCGAGAAGUGCUUUAACCAAAGGACAGUUCAAGGAUCCCCUGUGGCCUGCUUGCCUGUCAUGUGCAAUUGUAGACCGGGCUCGAGGAAGGCUCGGUGUAGCCAGGGAGGGUCUUUGUAACGAUUGUUUCAACAGGUAUUGUUGGACGGAAAAAUAA